GGACUCCGGCCAAGUGACGGGUCAGUUCACUGCUACAGGACGAGAUCGGGGGACAGGUUCGUUUUCUUGGCCGCUGGGAGUGUGCAUCAUGGAUUCAAAAACGGGGAUACUGUUAAUCUUCUGUUUGGCAUCAGUGGUCGCGGACAGUCCGCCAAUCAUGUGUCCAGAGGACAAGCUGUUGGAAUGUCGAGACUCCCCCGCCAUGAAGUCCUUGUGGAUAGAAGAUGCUUGUCGAUUUUAUGACACUUUGAGAAACUGCUAUGCACAAUACUCAUUUGAAUGCGCCGAAACUAACAAUGAAGUCUAUUUUACGAUGGUUCAAGAAAUGAAGACACAAAAGGAAAUCUUUUGUAAAGAAAAAGAACCAGUAUGUGAUCAAAAACAACUGGAGGCUUGUUUUGCACAAAACAUUGACAUGAAAACCACAGAUCUCCAGAAACCCGACACAUUCCCUGAUCUGUGCAAGAGUUACGGAGAGUUUUCUAAAUGCUAUGAACAGGCCGUUAUCCCAUGUUACAAUGACCCCUCAUUCCAACAGACGUCUCCGUGGGAGAGUCUCUUCGGGCAGAUCAAGAUCAUCUGUCUGUCUACACCAGUGUGCAAUUAUUUUGAGAUGUCUAAGUGUAACUCCAUGAUGUAUGAAGGCCUAAGUCUCGUCACUACGAUCCCGACCUCAAAGUUUAUUACAACGUCUUGUGAAGGUUACCUCCAGUACAAACCCUGUAUGGAACCUCUAUUGGGACCCUGCGAGCGCUCACGGCUUAAUCCGUUUCCCGAGUUCUUCCAACAAGUUACGUCCACGGACAGAUUUGUUUCCAGGCUCUGUAUAAGACAUAUGAAGGACCUGUUAGUGUCUGCGAGCACGUGUUACGACAAGACAGCGAUCCAGUCUACAGUGGACACGACCUGUGUUAACCCCCUCAUGACCAUAACAUUCGCCGGGGAGCCGGACGAGCGACAAAUCUGCAGGAAAGCCAAAAGUUAUAUUGAAUGUAUCGGAACACUCGUUGGAACGGAGUGUCCGGAUGACACGAAUGCCGUUAAGUCCAUUUCAGCAUAUCAAGAAGCUUGGAUACUAGAAACCCUGUCCAUGAUAAUCGGGAUCAACUGUCCUCCCAUGGGAUUUCUUCCAACAAGUAAGUUCAGCCAAAUCUCCAAUGCGCUAAAUCUAGACUUUCCUAAGUCAGGGUUUGGUUGA